GGGAAGUAAACAAAAGGCGCCACAUCCAUUGGUAUGCAGUGCACGCGUUGUAUUAGCAGAUUUAAUUUAUAAUAAAGCAGCAAUGUCUUUAGUUAAGUAUCUGAGAGAGUUUGUCAACGAGCGACUAACUGCUGCCGCUGAAGAAAUAUUCGGAGUAUUUGAGAAAACUAUCGUUGAGUAUGAGGAAGAGAUCGACCGUCAGCGCAGACUGCUGGACAUCGUUUGGAAACCUGAAAUAAAGUUACACAGGAUAGAGCUCCCACAGCAACAUGUCUCUAAGGAGGAAGAGGAGGAGGAGGUUCCCGCUGAGCAGCAGCUCUGUAUUCAGGAGAUGAACUCCAGUCUGGACCGAGAGGAGCCAGAGCCUCCACAGAUUAAAGAGGAACAGGAGGAACUCUGCACCAGUCAGGAGGAAGAGCAGCUCGAAAUGAAGCAGGAGACUGAUGCCUUUAUGUUGACUCCUACUUAUGAGGAAAGUGAGCACAGUGAACCAGAACCAAACACUGACCACCAGUUCCUCUCUCACAACUUUCAAGUAGCUGAGAGCCAAGAUCAGAAAGAAGGCAAGCAUGGAGACUCGGGGUCGACAACAAAUGCAGAGCCAGCACCAAAGAAAAGACGCCACAAAUGCAGAAGUUACAGUAACAAUGUAAACAGCCCUAACGUGUUAAAGAUUCAACGUAAUACUCAAACAGGAAAAACGUUUUUCCAUUGUGACAUUUGUGAGAAAGCUUUCAAGUGUAAGUCCAAUUUGCAUAUACACCUGAGAACCCACACAGGUGAGAAGCCAUAUUCUUGUAACAUCUGUGGGAAAAGAUUUAAUCAGACAUCAACAUUGAACACUCACAUAAGAGUCCAUACAGGUGAAAAGCCGUAUACAUGCACAACAUGUGGAAAAGCUUUUAGAAUUUGUGGUCACUUGUUAGUGCACAUGAGAACCCACACAGGUGAGAAGCCUUAUUCUUGCAGCACCUGUGGGAAAAGAUUUGUUGGGGUGUCAGGACUGAAAAGCCACAUGAGAAUCCACACAGGUGAGAAGCCAUAUUCUUGCAAAACGUGUGGGAAAAAUUUCAGACAAAGUAAUGACUUGUUGAUUCACAUGAGAAUCCACACAGGCGAGAAGCCAUACCUUUGCAAGACCUGCGGGAAAAGAUUUGUUGCGGGGUCAGGACUGAAAAGCCACAUGAGAAUCCACACAGGUGAGAAACGAUAUUCUUGCAAAACAUGUGGAAAAGGUUUCGGACGUAACAGUGGCUUGUUAGUGCACAUUCGAAGAGCCCACACUGGUGAGAAGCCGUACCUUUGCAAGAUCUGCGGAAACAGAUACUUUGAUGUGUGUCAGUUGGCAAGACACAGCAGAUCGCAUACAGGCAAGUAGCCGUGUGUUUGCAAAAUACAUGGGAGACAAUUCAGUUCUUGUGGCUGAUAAUCAAAACACAAUAAUUCCCUGAAGUGAGGAGCCACAUAAUUGCGGCACUUCAGGGAAAAUGUUACUCAAAGUACGUCGUUGGAAAAAACAUACAAAGGAGAAACCAUCGAGCUGAAACUCCCUUGGAGAAGUGUUUACUAACUGAAAUAAAUACACUUUUGCAAUAGCUACAUCUCUCUAACUGAAUGUAUACAAUUCCCCAUUGCGAGGAGGU